UGAAAGCAGCUGUACAUGUAUCGUACGUGUUUUCAUUUGAUUGUUAUUUUAUCAAAAAUGGUAGUGAUCCGGUGUUGACAAUAAUCAUAGAUGUGAUAAACGAAACAUGUCCAGCCGGCGUUCGUUGCUCGGUUCGGCUUUGGAUGCUUUACCAGCACCAACGGACCCACUUCGGGAGUUGUUCGAAGCUUGCAAGACAGGGGACGCAAGUCGAGUGAAAAAGUUGAUUACACCACAAACUGUGAACGCUAGAGACACAGCUGGUCGUAAAUCAACGCCGCUACACUUCGCUGCAGGUUACGGGCGCAGGGAAGUAGUGGAACUACUAAUCGCAGGUGGCGCGGCACUACAGGCUAGAGAUGAAGGGGGACUGCAGCCAUUACAUAAUGCCUGCUCCUUUGGACAUGCGGAUGUUGUCAGAGCUCUGCUGACGGCCGGAGCGCCCCCUGCGGCGAGGGAUAACUGGGGCUACACCCCAUUGCAUGAGGCGGCUGCUAAAGGAAAAGUGGAUGUUUGUAUAGCGCUCCUUCAACAUGGAGCUGACCCAAACAUACGGAAUACAGAAGGAAAAACCCCAUUAGAUCUCGCAGAUGCAGCUACAAGACCAGUACUUACAGGCGAGUAUUGUGCUGCGGAUGUACUAGAGGCGGCGCGAGCGGGCGCCGAUGAGCGUCUCGCGGCGCUACUGACUCCACUUAACGUUAACGUACACGCUGGUGACGGACGUCGCUCAACACCUCUGCAUCUCGCCGCUGGAUACAACCGCGCUCGUGCUGUAAGAUUACUGCUGCAAAGAGGGGCUGAUGUUCAUGCUAAGGAUAAAGGAGGUCUGGUACCACUACACAAUGCGUGUUCGUAUGGUCACUACGAGGUGACAGAGCUCCUUGUACGAGCCGGUGCUGAUGUUAACGCGACUGAUUUAUGGGCCUUCACACCACUACAUGAAGCUGCCAGUAAAGCUAGGCUUGAGGUAUGUUCACUAUUGUUGAGUGAGGGGGCGGACCCCACUCUGCUCAAUUGCCACGGGAAAUCCGCAUUAGAUGUCGCCCCCACUAGAGAACUGCAGGAGAGAUUGGCCUUUGAAUAUCGAGGACAUUGUCUGUUGGAAGCGUGUCGUUUGUCGGAGCCGGCGAGAGUUAAAAAGCAGUUAACUACGUCUACACAAAUACAGCAAUGCGUAUCUCGCGAGGGUUGUGGACAGUCUCGGGGUGGGGGUGGGGGUGUGUGUGGGGGUGAGGAUACAGAAGCGCUGGUCAACUUCUCACACCUCAGUACUGGAGAUCGGCCGCUGCAUUGCGCCGCUGCUAGUGUUUAUCCUAAAAGGAAGCAAGUGAUGGAGAUUCUAAUCAGGAAAGGUGGUAGGGUUAAUGAGAAGAAUAAGGAGGGUCAGACCCCCUUACACGUUGCAGCAGAACAUGCUCAUCUUGAUGCAAUGGAUCUGUUACUAAGACAUGGUGCAAAAGUGAACGCGUGUGACUCUCGCGGCGAGAGCGCGCUGUGCGUGGCCGCGCGGCGAGACUCUGCGGCUGCGUGCCGUUUGCUGCUCGCAUGCGGUGCGGAUGCGGCUCCUGAACGUAAUGAUACUGCUGAUUCUCACGAUACAGGUAGAUCUCCGGAUACGGCAAUACCCGAGGUCACUACUGAAUCUCUUGAUGCCCAAUACAUUGAUGCGUUUGCAAAAGCGGCAGCAUUACGUUUAUUGGAGGCGGCUCGUACUGGUGAUGUGGAGACAGCUCGUGCUCUGCUGGACUCCAGACCUCGGCUCGUCAACUGCAGAGAUGUGGAUGGCAGGCAUUCGACACCGCUUCACUUUGCCGCAGGAUACAACCGUCUCCCUCUCGCGCAGUUGUUGCUGCAGAGAGGGGCUGAUGUUCACGCUAAGGAUAAAGGGGGUCUGGUACCACUACACAAUGCAUGUUCAUACGGUCACUAUGAGGUGACGGAGCUCCUCGUAUCAGCUGGUGCUGGAGUCAAUGCGGCGGAUCUGUGGCGGUUCACACCAUUGCAUGAAGCCGCAGCUAAAGGCAAAGCGGAUAUAGUGAGAUUACUAUUAAAGCACGGUGCGGACCCUACGCGUCGUAACCGCGACGGCCUCACGCCGCUGCAGUUGGUGCGCGCCGGUGACUGCGACACGGCGGACGCGCUCCGCGGCGAUGCCGCGUUACUUGAUGCUGCUAAACGCGGUGACCUCGCUAGAGCCAAGAAAUUAAUCACAGCACAGAAUGUCAACUGCAGAGAUGCUCACGGUAGGAACUCAACGCCGCUACAUCUUGCCGCUGGGUAUAAUAACUUAGAAGUCGCGGAGGCGUUACUAGAAGCGGGGGCGGCUGUCUCCGCACGGGACAAAGGCGGGCUUGUACCUUUACAUAAUGCGGCGUCGUACGGACAUCUUGAAUUAGCAGCGUUACUAUUACGAGCCGGAACACCGCCCAAUGCCGCUGACAGAUGGGGUUUUACACCAUUGCAUGAAGCGGCGCAUAAAGCGCGCACACAGCUGUGCGCUUUACUGCUCGCACACGGCGCAGACCCGUUCCUAAAGAACCAAGAAGGUCAGACAGCGCUAGAGCUGGCGGGGGCUGAUGACGUGCGCUCGCUGCUGCAGGACGCGAUGACGGGCGCGCCCCCCGCCCCGCCCCGUCUGCCCAUACGACUGCCCUCCGGAGAGACUGCCACACUAGCGCCGCCUGUAAUGCCCAGCAACUACUGGGCGGAAGGUUCUCGAGGCAGUUUAGAGGACGCGGCCGGCAGACCAGCCUCCGCACUCUCUACCUCUGAGUCCUUACAGACCUUCCUCGCCAGGAUCGGUCUGGAACAAUUGUGGUGCGUGUUGGAACGAGAACAGAUCUCAGUGGACAUCUUGUCUGAGAUGUCGCACGAGGAUUUGCGUGCUGUAGGCGUGGCCGCGUAUGGACACCGACAUCGACUGAUCAAAGCCGCGAGACAAACUUUACAGGCACAGUCUGAGUACUACGGGGGCACGACGCUUGUGGAGGUUGUGCCGGAGGAGUGUGGGGGCGUGGCCGGCGGUGUUGGGGGCGUGGCCGGCGGUGUUGGGGGCGUGUCUGGGGGCGUGGUAGGGGGCGAAGGGGCGGGGUGCAGCGAGUACUCAAUGCUGGAGCGUGAGAUGCAGGACUCUGUACGCGCACAUCGCGACCACGUGGGGGGACAGUUCUCCAGAUAUCGUGUUGUUAGGAUACAAAAGAUAGUGAACGGUCGUUUGUGGGAGCGCUAUCAGCACAGACGUAACGAGGUCUCCGAAGAGGCGGGAGCACCCAACGAGCGUAUGCUCUUCCACGGCUCACCAUUCAUCAACGCCAUCGUACAAAAAGGCUUCGAUGAAAGACACGCUUAUAUCGGUGGUAUGUUCGGAGCUGGGAUAUAUUUCGCGGAGCACUCCUCUAAGAGUAACCAGUACGUGUACGGCUUCGGCGGAGGUUCCGGAUGUCCCGCUCACAAAGACCGCAGCUGUUAUCUCUGUCAUAGACAAAUGUUACUGUGUCGUGUAACACUGGGUCGGGCAUUCCAACUGUCGAGUGCAAUGAAGAUGGCGCACGCCCCGCCCGGACACCACAGUGUGGCGGGCAGACCCAGCCAUGGCGGACUCUGCUUCCCUGAAUACGUCGUAUACAGAGGAGAACAGGCCUAUCCCGAAUACUUAAUAACUUACCAGAUAGUCAAUGAAGAGAUCAGCACUGGAACAGCUUAACAUCUAAUGUUUUUGUGAUAGUUUUAUAAUGCAUUAUCUAUGCUCCAUAUGUCAAACAUGACAAACAUUUUGUCUGUGGUCGAAAUGUGAAACAGUAUUAAACUAUUUAUCUAUGCACGAAAUGAAACAAGACAUUUGAACAUUUUGUUUU